UUAUUUCUAAAGGGAUUUCAGGCUCGAGCAUUCGGAAUUAUGAGGGAACUUUUAUAAAGUUAUUUCCGUUCCCCAAAUGACACACUGAUCUUAGCAAUGAAGCGGAACCCCUGGAAGGUGUUCUUUGACACGUCAGCUGUAGGUGCCGGACACAUAUAGACGUCGCACACGGCGCACUUCCUGGAUCUUCUCUUAGGAACGUUGUGUUUCUGUGAACGGACAUAACCUGUUUUGAGUGUCAACGGUAGUGAUUUCCUUGUGUUUGUUGCCUUCUGUUGAGACGCCACAGAUUGGCCAUUGAAUGAAUUCAGGCUAAAAUCAGAUUCUCAUCGAUUUAUUCUGUAAUUCCGCCGUUUGUGUUUUUUCCCCCCGGAUCUGGCUGUACACGCUUGGCAUGCUGCUAUCAUCAUCAGAUUGGCUGAGGGCGCAGCGGGUUUGAUACCCACAGUUCCAAGAUGGAGCACCCAGAAUUAUUGACGCAUAAGAACGGGCGGCAGAGGAAGGUUGCGCGCGCCAACUUAUCCGGAAACAUCAGGAUCAUGGACGGGGGAGAGAUGAGCUCCUCUGACCCAGAGGUAGAAGAGGAAGCGGAGGGUCUUGUCAAAGUGUUUUACUGCGAGGACACGACGCACACCGCCUCGCCCGGGAUCCGUGGCGAACUGGGGAACGUUUUGCUUCUUUUGUUCUUAUACGUGCUGCAAGGGAUUCCUCUGGGACUGGCUGGUAGCAUCCCUCUGAUCCUACAAAGUAAGAGCGUCAGCUACAAGGACCAAGCCUUCUUUAGCUUUGUCUUCUGGCCGUUUAGCCUCAAGCUCCUCUGGGCACCACUGGUGGACGCUCUCUACUACAGCAGGUUCGGCAGAAGAAAGUCGUGGCUGGUGCCCACACAGUACCUGCUGGGCCUCUUCAUGCUCUACCUUUCUGGGACAGUCAAUUCCUUGAUGCAAAGUGAGGGAGGACCGAAGGUGGUAACCCUCACUGCAGUUUUCUUUAUGCUUUCCUUCCUAGCAGCCACACAGGACAUAGCUGUGGAUGGCUGGGCCCUGACUAUGUUGUCCAGAGCGAAUGUGGGAUAUGCUUCCACAUGCAACUCUGUGGGCCAGACAGCUGGAUACUUCCUGGGGAACGUGCUGUUUCUGGCUCUGGAGUCUGCAGACUUCUGCAACAAAUACCUCAGAGUAGAGCCCAAGGACACGGGCCUCGUCACCUUGUCAGAGUUCUUGUUUUUUUGGGGAAUCGUGUUCCUGGUUUCCACGACUUUGGUAGCCAUAAUGAAAAGAGAAAAUGCAGAGCAGUGCAGAGGAAAGCAGAGAGUCCACGAGGAAACACAGGGCGUCAUGGAAACCUACAAGCUGCUGUUCUCCAUCAUCAAGAUGCCCACCGUCUUCACCUUUUGUUCCCUGCUUCUCACCGCUAAAAUCGGCUUCUCGGCAGCAGACGCAGUGACGGGCCUGAAGCUGGUGGAGGCUGGGGUUCCCAAGGAGCAGCUGGCGCUGCUGGCAGUGCCCAUGGUGCCUCUGCAGAUCCUACUGCCUGUGAUCAUCAGCAAAUACACAGCAGGGCCCAGACCUCUGGAUGUCUUCUACAAGGCCUUCCCUUUUAGGUUGCUCAUCGGACUGGGUUACGCUCUGCUGGUGUGGUGGACGCCCAGUGUGAAACAUGAAGGAGGGUUCCCGCUUUACUACUACGCCAUAGUGCUGCUCAGCUACGCGCUGCAUCAGGUGGCGCUGUACAGCAUGUACGUGGCUUGCAUGGCCUUCCACGCCAAAGUGAGCGACCCCCUCAUCGGCGGGACCUACAUGACCCUGCUGAACACCGUCACUAACCUGGGCGAGAACUGGCCCUCCACGUUGGCCCUGUGAAUGGUAGACCCUCUGCCCUGGAAGGAGUGUCAGGGGGCCGCCGGGCAGAGCUGUGGUUCUCCAGAGGAGCCGGGGCUGUGCGCCAAGGAGGGCGGCGUCUGUCUGACCACGCUCGACGGCUACUACGUGGAGUCGGUGAUGUGCGUCGUCAUCGGUUUGGCCUGGUGGGUGUGGUUCGGGAAGAAGAUGAGGCGCCUGCAGGAACAGGCGCCCGCUGCCUGGAGGUGCAGAGCGAGUCGGUGAUGACACAUUCAUCGGUGACAGACUGAUCCUUGUGUCCUUGUUACACGUUGUACCUGUAACAAUCCCCUGUGGACUGAAGGAAACAUUUUUUUUUUUUUUUUUUUUUUUUUUUUAAACAUAUUCUGCUGCUUGGAACAGCUUAACCAAACGAGCUGGCUGAAAGAAUAUGUUAAAAUAACUUUUGGUGUUUUUUCUUUUCACCUGUUUGAGGUUACUAUUUGGGGAGUAAGACUUCAGUUGGCCCAAAUAUGAGCAACAAAUCUGGUGAAGUAAAAUGUCCCGGGUAUUCACCAAUUGAGUCUUUGUUAACAAGGUAAAAGACUGAAAACGCGUAUAAAUGAAGUGUCCUGAUGCUGGUUAAACGCAGUGUGACGACUCAGAUCUGAACCGAUGAUUAUUUAAAUCCUUGUUUAAAUAUUUUCUUUUUGAGUGAUUUGUGCCUUCGUAUAGUGUUUCUUUUGGUUUGGUAAAUUACACUAAAGAUGACAAAUGACAGAUAUAAAUGACCACAGAUCUUUUAUUUAUACAUACUCCCAUGAUACUGAGCGCACAUUCCUGAUGAAAAACUUUAUUAACAUCGAUGUCAUCAAUGAUUAAAAUAUGUCUAAAAUAUGAAAACAUUUUCUCCUGGAGCAAUUCUGAUCAGUGUAUCCGUUACAGUAUCUAAUCUAAUCUAAUGGCCUGAUUGGACCGUGGCUUUAAACACUGAAUCUCUUGGUUAUCAGUGAGGAUUGGUUUCUGUUACGGCAAGAGAAGAAAACUAAUAUUCCAAAAAAUAUAUAAGAAUAUUUUUUCAGCCUUUUCCAGUUUUAUAGAUGCAACAUUACGCCCACACAUUCUUUUGUAAGGUCGAUCUGACAUAAAGCCUUUCAAGUGGGUCUGAGAAGUAUGCCAUUAAAUACAUACAGUGAAUGUCUCGCUCCCAAAACCAUUUGAAACCAGCAGCAUUGAAGAAAACUUGGUUGUCUUUUUCAUAAUUUACAUAGAACUGAUUGUUAUGGUAUUUUCUUUAAAACCAGCAUUGAAAAACCUCUGAGGGAAACUGAAGCGUUGUCGUGUUAGCAGAGCUUCAUUUUUUUUAAACUCAUUUGGCAUAAUUUGAUGCUGGACUUUGAACUACAUGAAAAGGUCAAACCACUCGAGGUUACCAUGGUAGCAGUUGUGCUUUGGCCAGUGAUGCUUCGGAAAUGCACAAGUCCCUCAUGCUGACAUCAGUUAACUUCCAUCGCAUGCCUUUGUUUGCCCUUCAUUGGGCCUUCUGCUGCUGUAUUUGUAGCCGCACAACACUUCUUUCUAAAAGCCCUUUUUCCUGUUAUCAGGGCUCUAUUUUUGAUUUUUAUUUAUUUUAAAACAUGUUAGACUGUGUGACUGAUUUAAGCAACACUUGCAUUUGCCUAUGUAUUCUAAUGAGCUAAACUGGCUUUUAGGCGCUUUUAAGCUGCUGUUAAUUUAUCUCACAUAAUCCUGAACUGAACUGGUCCCUUUUUAGGAUCACUAGUUUUCUUUCCAAUCAUAAAGUUAAAGGGAUAGCACAGGGUGGUGGUAAAGUAAGACAUUUAAAUAUGCUGGAAGCUCUACACGGUUCUGCUGUUGAAUGUGUGUGAUAUUUGACAUUCAUAAAAUGCAAUGUUGAUAUCUGAAACAAAUCUUACAUAAUUAAAAAAAAACAAAUGUCCACUUC